CCAAAAAAAAAAAAAGUGCGGAAGAAGAUGAUGAACUCUUCUCUUCUAACUCCUUCCUCUUCAUCUUCUUCCCAUAUCCAAACUCCGGCGACGACGACUUUCGACCACGAAGACUUCCUCGAUCAAAUCUUUGCCUCUGCCCCGUGGCCAUCCGUCGUUGACGAAGCUCAUCCUCCUCCUCCUCCCAUCGAUGGCUUUGUCGACUCAAGGCAUCAACAGAUCAUGAUGAUGCCUUUAUCUUCACAUCAUCAAAACGACGUCGUUGAUGGCUCCUCCGUCCAAACUCUUUACAAUGGUUUCUCCGCCCCCGCCGGCUCUCUUCCUUUCCACGUCCCUCAGGGAUCGGGAGGUGGUUUGAUGAACCAACCAGGACAAACGCAAACGCAAACGCAACCGCAAGGGAGUGCGUCUACAGGUACCGGCGGUACGGUGGCGGCUCCGCCGCAGAGUAGGACUAAAGUCAGAGCUAGGAGAGGUCAAGCCACUGAUCCUCACAGUAUCGCCGAACGGUUACGAAGAGAGAGAAUUGCGGAAAGAAUGAAAGCUCUUCAAGAACUUGUUCCUAACGGCAAUAAGACAGACAAGGCAUCGAUGCUCGAUGAGAUUAUAGAUUAUGUCAAGUUUUUACAACUCCAAGUCAAGGUAUUGAGCAUGAGCCGAUUGGGUGGUGCUGCUUCCGUUUCGUCUCAAAUCUCUGAGGCGGGUGGGUCCCACGGGAACGCAUUUUCCGCGGCCGCCGGCGAUAACCAGACGGCCGGAAACUCAAACGACGGUAUAACGAUGACAGAGCAUCAAGUGGCGAAGCUGAUGGAAGAAGACAUGGGCUCGGCGAUGCAAUACCUUCAAGGGAAAGGUCUUUGUCUCAUGCCUAUCUCUUUAGCCACCGCAAUCUCGACUGCCACGUGUCAUUCUCGUAACCUUUUGAACUCUGGGGCUCAUGCUGACGUCGGAGUUCCUUCAUCUCCCAAUCUUUCCGGUAUGACCGUACAGUCAAGUAACAAGGUGAAGUUAAAUGGUAACGGUGUGAGGGAGGGAUCAGCAUCUAUCGCCGUUAAAGAGUCGGUAUCCAUUUCGAAGCCGUGAUAACGGCCGUGUUCUUUUCUUUUUUUUUAUAACAUUUGGGGUUAGGCAAAGAGAUACCAAAAACAAAACAGAAAAAGUGGUGUUAGUGGGAGAUAAAAAUCAAACCAACUUUUGGUCGAAGUCUACUAAGAAUUAAGGUGAAGUUGUUUGAUGUGUUAGCUAAACAACGGCGUAUCUUUCGCCUAUUUUGGGUUCCUUUACCUACUACACUCAAAAGACAUACAUUUCUUUCUCUUAUUUAAAUACGUGUUUACAAU